AUUGAGCACAAGCCUAUUAAAACGAGGAACACCAUUUAUAUUUGUAGCUCAUAUUUCUCAAAAUCUGCUCGCGGCUUCAGUUUAUCUCAAAAGUUAUUUCAGUUAUUAUUAUUAGGUAUUAAGUUAUUUCGCAUUUUUUUUAUACUGAUAUUUUCGUGAAUAUUGCUGACGGAGUCCAGUUCUUCUCUCAACGCUGCUGCUACAUUUCGCAAACCCCGACCAUACCACACCAUUUGUAAUAUUGCGGGAAAAUAUUAUGCAAUCAUGAGUUUUGAAAAUAAAGUUGUUAUAAUUACUGGAGCAUCGUCUGGAAUUGGAGAAGCCACUGCAAAAUACCUAUCCAACUUAGGAGCGUCAUUAGUUCUCACUGGACGUAAUUUAAAAAAUCUUAUGAAAGUUGGAGAAGCAUGCAAAGCACAUUCUACAAAUACUCCUUUGCUGCUGGUAGCCGACGUUACAAAUGCAGACGACAACAAACGAGUGAUCGAUGAAACUAUAUCAAAGUAUGGCAAAUUAGAUGUAUUGAUCAAUAAUGCUGGAAUCAUAGCGAAUGGAUCGAUUGAAAACACUAGUUUAGAACAAUAUGAUGAAGUCAUGAAUACAAACAUUAGAGCUGUGUAUCAUUUAACUAUGUUGGCGGUUCCUUAUUUAAUAAAAAGCAAGGGAAACAUCGUUAAUGUGAGCAGCGUCGCAGGAAAUAGGUCAUUUCCAGGUAUCCUAGCGUAUGGAAUAUCAAAAGCUGCAAUUGACCAAUUCACACGUUGUACAGCGUUAGAAUUAGCUUCAAAGCAAGUCCGCGUGAAUGCUGUCAAUCCGGUGACCGACAUUCAUAAGCGUGGGGGAAUGGACGAAAAAACUUAUGCUGCAUUCCUUGAGAAAUGUAAACAAACUCAUGCGUUAGGUAGACCGGGUGAUUCAACAGAAGUUGCUGCAACAAUUUCAUUUCUAGCAUCAGAUGCAGCUAGUUUUAUAACUGGUGUAAACUUGAAUGUAGAUGGAGGACGUCAUGCCAUGUGUCCACGGUGAAUGACUCUUUUGAAUAAUGCUACCAUGAUAAUAUGUUAUUGAUAAAAAAAUAUAUUUCGUAUUUUGUAUAUUGUGUA